UUACACGUUUAACAUAUGAAUCCCGGACAGCAUAUUCUGCAACUCCACGAAGCACUGAAGCUCUCCGUCGAUGUCUUCAAUGGCGGAGUAGAAACUCAAAAGACCCACCAAUCCCAGUUCCUCUUCGCCGCAUCCACGAACCUCGAGCUCCCAAAUCGAUUGCAGAGAAGACGGUUGAGGAAGAAGGAACGACAUGGACAGCCGCUCAAAGGGAAGGACAGCCGUGGAAGUUGGAGCUGACGGGGUCGCUCUCAUCACCAUCAUCAACCCUCCCGUCAACUCUCUCUCGUUCGACGUGCUGUACAGCUUGAGUGAAAACUAUGAGGAGGCUUUACGAAGAAAUGAUGUGAAAGCAAUUGUUAUUACUGGUGAAAAGGGAAAAUUUUCUGGUGGCUUUGACAUUACGGGACUUGGUGGAAGUCAAGAAAGAAAACCAAAGCCUGAUUCCAUGUCAGUGGACUUUCUUAGUGAUGUAGUUGAAGGGGCAAAAAAGCCUUCUGUUGCUGCGGUUGAUGGGCUUGCUUUGGGUGGGGGACUAGAGCUCGCUAUGGCCUGCCAUGCAAGAAUAUCAACUUCAAGCGCUCAAUUGGGGCUUCCCGAACUUCAGCUAGGGAUAAUUCCCGGGCUUGGAGGAACACAGCGCCUUCCCCGUCUCAUUGGUCUCUCAAAAUCACUUGAUAUGAUGCUGACUUCAAAGCCCAUUAAAGGUGAGGAAGCACAUGCUCUGGGCCUUGUGGACGCAAUUGUGUUGCCUGCUGAAUUGAUAAAGACUGCUAGAAGGUGGGCCCUAGAUAUUUCGGAGUACAGAAGACCUUGGGUUUUGAGCCUUUACAAGACGAGCAAAUUAGAGCCUCUCAAGGAAGUUAGGGAAAUAUGCAAAUUUGCUAGGGCUCAGGUUCAAAAAGAGGCCCCCAAUGUCAAACACCCGCUCAUAUGCAUUGAUGUUAUUGAGGAAGGAAUAAUCUCAGGCCCUCGGGUAGGAUUGAGGAAGGAGGCUGAAGCUUCUCAAGUGCUUUCACAAUCUGACACAUCCAAGAGCUUGGUCCAUGUCUUCUUUGCUCAACGUGCAACUUCAAAGAUUCCGGGUAUAACUGAUAGGGGUAUGAUGCCUCGGCAAGUGAACAAGGUUGCUGUUGUCGGUGGAGGAUUGAUGGGCUCAGGAAUAGUAACAGCAUUGAUUCUUAACAACUUUCCAGUUAUCCUGAAAGAAAUGAAUGAGAAUCUUUUGCAAACAGGCAUCAAUCGAGUCAAAGCUAACCUUAAGAGGCAAAUGGCUAAAGGGACAAUCCCCCUAGAGAAGUUUGACAAGACGGUAUCCCUUCUAAAGGGUGUUCUCAACUAUGAAAGCUUCAAGGAAGUGGAUUUGGUUAUUGAGGCGGUUGUAGAGAAUAUCGUGGUGAAGCAACAAAUCUUCACUGACCUUGAAAAGUACUGUGGACCCCACUGCAUACUUGCCAGCAAUACUUCAACCAUAGAUUUGACCCUGAUUGGUGCGAAAACCCAGUCUCAUGAUCGCAUUGUUGGAGCCCAUUUCUUUAGUCCAGCUCAUAUCAUGCCUCUGUUGGAAAUAGUUCAAACUCCACAGACUUCUCCGCAAGUUAUUCUCAACCUUAUCAGUCUUGCGAAGAAGAUUAAGAAAACCCCAGUCUUGGUUGGGAAUUGCACUGGCUUUGCUGUGAAUAGGAUCUUCUUCCCCUACACACAAGCUGCUACGAUGCUCGUUGAGCGUGGGGCCCAUCCCUACAAGAUAGAUCAAGUGGUUACAAAGUUUGGGAUGCCAAUGGGUCCUUUCAGAUUGGCUGAUCUGGUUGGGUUUGGGGUAGCUAUUGCAACUGCUAAACAAUUCAUAAAUGAAUUCCCUGACAGAACCCAUCGUUCAAUGCUCAUUUCAAUCAUGCAAGAGGAUAAGAGAGCCGGUGAAUCCACCCGCAAAGGAUUUUAUCUCUAUGAUGAAAAACGCAGAGCUAGUCCAGAUCCUGAGCUCAAUAAAUAUAUUGAGAAGGCAAGGAGUAUUUCUGGCAUUGCUGUUGAUCCCAAGAUACAGAACUUGCCAGAGAAGGACAUAAUCGAGAUGAUUUUCUUCCCCGUUGUUAAUGAGGCAUGUCGUGUCCUCUCCGAAGGCAUUGCAGUGAAAGCCUCAGACCUCGACAUAGCCUCGGUCUUGGGCAUGAGCUUCCCAGCUUACAGAGGAGGAAUCAUGUUCUGGGCUGAUUCUCUCGGGACCAAGUACGUCUGUUCGAGGUUGGAGGAGUGGUCAAAGGACUAUGGAGGUUUCUUCAACCCAUGCAAUUACUUGGCUCAAAGAGCUGCCCAAGGAAUCCCUCUGAGUUCACCGGCAGAUCAAGCGAAGCCUCGACUAUGAGAUCAUUUUCUGGUUGCAGCUUGAUGUGUGGAAUAGUUCUUCAGUGCAUUCUUCCCUUAAAAUUGGAACUUGGGUCAUCAACUUGUCACCAUCAAACCAAUGUAGAAUUAAGUGUUAUUAGAUAGCAAGAGCCUGAAGGCCUCUGCUAAAAAUGAAAGUCAAAGUCCCUCUUCACUUACCAUUACAAGCUAGACCGAUAUCCGCCUCAUCGCGGUUGGGCUGUUAUCAUAAUCAUGUUACGUUCUGUUACAGAUAAUUGAAACGAAUGGUACAGACAGUAUCCUUCAAUUCUUAGAGAUUCGAAAUGAAUAGCCAGCCACAUACAUGUUGUAAAUGAA